AUGGGCAGCCACCAGAGCAGAGAACAGCAGAGCCUGCACUGUGCACAUUCCUGGGAUGAGGGAGACCUAAAAUCCGAGCCUCUGCAUGCCCUGUUGGACUCGCUGUCCAGGGGCAGCGGCGCUGACACAGAGGACCACAGAUCCGAAUCAAACCUGAGCCUCUCUGUGGGCUACUACCCUGGUGAGGACACCUAUUCCUACGAGAACACAAUCUCCUGCAAAGACAGAUCUGCCGAGGGUCCCUUGGUCUAUUCUGUCCCUCCUUUCCAAGGGUCAUGGCAGACUGAAAGUGUAGGGAGACUCCUGGAGCGACAAGACCAAAUUCAGGACGACCCAGAGCAGUUUUGCAAACUAAGAAUCACCAUGGCCUGGGAUAUUGAUAUGAGCUCUAACCAUUCAGACUCCAACAUCGGCUGGGAUCUACAUGGAGACAACCCGUGGACAAACAAGUGCCCUGAAGGGAAGACACAGCUGACACUCGGCAAACUGAAUGGUCUUAUGCAAAAGCUUGAGCAAUUUCUAGAAAAUCAGAAAGAUGACACAGAAGAUGAGUCUGUGUUCCCUGAAUCUGCUCAAAAGGAAGAUGUCCAGCUGUCCGGCUGCACCUCUCUAGCCACGGCUCAGACAAUAAGCCAAGCAUGUGGCAGCCAAAGAACAAGCACUGCAGAGACCUCCUCAAGCUCAUCGGACCACCAGGAGGAGGAGGAGGACGCUCACUCCAGUACACAGGCCUUCUCCUGUCUCAACUUCAGAUGGGUCUUCCUCUGGCUAAGGCAGCAAGUCCUCGCAUUUUGGGGACAACAGCAUCCUCAGAAAGCCACCAAGUACCCCCGUCAGCUAACGCUGAAGAAAAGACUCUUUCACAGAAGCAAGAGAAUCCAACCUCAAGAAUCCAUUGAAUUAGAACACCCUGUGUCGCCAGAUUUUAAAACUUAUUGAUUGCCCCUGUUCUUCAAUC